UUUUCCCAGUCCCCUUCCCGCCGUGCCGCGCCGUCGUCGCCCCGCCAUUCACGUUUCCCAUGCUUUUAUUGUGCUCUUUUUGCACUUUUAAUCACACCCUUCUCACCUAAUCAACAAAGUAAUCAUUGACUAAUCAGUCCUGGAGUCAUCAGUAUGAUGAUACGAUGGAAGCACCGAGGCGGCGAUAUUAUCUUUCUGAUGUUCACUACACUUGCCGCCGUCAGUACCGCAAGCGAACACGAACAUCGGACUCAUAUGUGCUCAGCGGAAGGAAACAUAUGCUCCGAGAACGCUGCUACCGUAUGUAGGAACAACACAUGUGUCUCGGCGUGUUCGUUACGGGGGAUGCAGGAAUGUGAAUGUGAUGCUGAGGAGGACAACUAUUGCUAUCUAUGUUGUGGAAACUCGGAACAUCAGUGUAUGGCAGCCCAUCAUCAUAAUAUCCUACGACCAAAUGGUGAACGAUGGGAGCGCGAGGCAUGUUCCAGAUGUCGGAUGCAUGGCGCUGAGUUAGAAGGUCUCCCAUGCGAUGAUACCGAUUCAGCGAGACUUUGCAUUGGCGGCCGCUGUUCAAACUCUGUUUGUCACACUAAGUCACCUGGAUCCGUGUGUGAUCGAAAAAUGGAAAAACUAUGCGUUGAUAACACCUGUGAAAAUCCAUGUGCAAGAUAUGCACCACAUCUAAUGGUGUGUGACUGUCCAUCAAUAGACCAAGACACAGGCUUCGCAUCAGAAGAUCGAUGUCAAUUGUGCUGUUAUGAUUUCAAUUUGAAACCAACAAAUCGUCGAUGUCAAAACGCCUAUCGGAAAUACAAAAUCAUGGAUAUGUUUCAAAAGCCAAUUUGGCGCGUUGGUCUCGAAUGUGCUGGUGGAAAAGUUUGCAACAAAUACGGAGUCUGCUCGUCUUCCCAUAUUUCUUUUCUCGUCCCAUUUUUUUCAGUAAUUCUAGUCUCGCUCAUCUCGUUUAUCUAAGAACUCCUUCCUCAAUUUUUAAAACCGGUAUGAAAAUGCUAUGUGGGUCACAUUUCUUCCCAGUUUCCUUUCGCUUUUUCUGUUUUUUCUAUAAUGUUAGGAGACUGUCAUAGGUAUCUGUGAUAACGAGUGAAACUGUAAUUAAAACUCACUUUCAUGAAUAGAAUAGUUGGUGGAGGUGUUCCAGUGGCAGAACAGUCAAGAGUCAAACGUUUUCCCAGAAUAAUCGGGUAGAGCUUCUGUUGAUCAAGGAAGUACGGAGUUUCUAAAUUGAAUUAUACUUAUUUCAAUACACAUAAGUUUCUAGUUAACCUAUGACAAUCAGUUUGAAAAAUUUUUUGGUGAUUCCAGCUUCAUUAACAGCUGUACAGUAAUAAAACCCUUCAUCGUCUAGUUGAAUGUUGGUAACAUUUAAAGUUUUCUCGUUUGCUGCAUAUUUACUGGUGAUGACACCAUUUUGAACACUUUCAUCGUGAGCAUGCCAGUAGACUGAAGACAGUGGAACCGAUGAUUCUGCAUUGCAUGUAAGAAGCAUUGUGUCUCCAACACGAGCAACCACCUCUUCCCGUUCCUUUUCGAAGUGUGGAGGUGCUAGAAUAUAACGACCAUCAAAACGUUGGAUUAAAAUUUCUUAUACCUGUAACUCUAACAAGGAAAUCUUUUCUUGCUUUUCCAACGUUAUUUUGAGCUUCGCAAGUGUAGGUUCCAGCGUGUUCCACUUGUGAUCUAACAAUCUUCAAAGUUUCACCGUUAUUCGUCAAUUCGUAGGCAGCACUGUCAGGUUCUAGUGGUUUAUCAUCGAAGAGCCAGUACACCUGAAAACAGUAAAAAUGAAAAUAUGACUAUUAUGUAUAAUUUAUUUAAAAUUGUAUUUGGUUUUUUGAUUUUCUAAUUUUCACAUUUCGUGCUUUGUAAACCCUUUCCUCAUUUUGCUCACUUAUGGAAUAUUUCAGUUUGUUCUCCCUUUAAGGUAUUUCAUGCCUUUUUCUCGAAAAGCCACCUCUUUAACUAUCAUGUUCGGACUGUGAUGACACUCUUUCAUCGAUUUUUAAAUUUAUAUAAUGAAUAUUUCACUUU